CCGGAAGGUUGGCUGGUAGCUGACCAUUUCAUGACAUCCGAAUCCAAUAUCCCAUUCCACAAAAUUAAUUCCCAACCCACAGCUGCAAUAUAUUCAUGUUAAAUUUGAUUAACUGGGCAAGAAAAUAUGCCACUGAAUUUCUUCAACUUCAUUGGCUUCCCACUAAGUUUUCCACUUCUGCUUUUCCUACAAGCAACGCUACUUUCUGAUGGGUCAAUCGUGAAGACUCUUCCGGGUUUCCCCGGUGUUCUACCUUUCAAGCUUGAAACAGGAUAUGUUAGAGUGGAGGAGUCCGAACUUUUCUAUUACUUCGUUGAAUCACAAGGCCGAGCUCCAUUUGACCCACUUAUACUCUAUCUUAAUGGUGGACCUAGCUGUUCUGGCUUAAAUGGCUUUCUCUACCAAGCUGGUCCAUUGGUUUUCAAUAUAACUGAUUACACAGGGGGUUUACCAGCUUUGUCCUUAAACCCAAACUCAUGGACAAAGACAGCUAGUAUAAUCUUUGUGGAUGCACCAAUUGGCACUGGCUUUUCCUAUGCAACAACGCCACAAGGUUAUAGCGUCUCUGACACAAAAUCAGCAAGACAAACUCAUAAUUUUAUUAGAGAGUGGUUAAUUAAUCAUCCAGAAUUCAUAAAAAAUGAAUUCUUCAUUGCUAGCGAUGCAUAUUCUGGGAUAGUAACACCUGUAAUCGCAGAGGAAAUAUUAAAUGGCAAUGAAAUAGGAGCUGAGCCUCGAAUAAACCUGAAAGGGUUUUUGAGUGGAUCCCCACAUACUGAUAAACUCCAGGAAGACAAUUCAAUAAUUCCCUAUUCCUACCAGAUGGCACUUAUAUCAGACCAUCUUUAUCAGUCUGCCAGAAUAAGUUGCAACGAACAGUAUGUCAUUGUAGAUCCAUCUAAUGCAAAAUGUUUGACGGAUCUUGAAGCAAUCUAUGAGUGCAUUGGACAAAUAGACUUUGCCAACAUUUUGGAACCCAGAUGUGAUAUUAAUCUGGUCCCAGAAGAAAAAGAUGGUCAACAAGCUCGAAGAUCUCUCAAAGAGAAUCAAACUUAUAAUUUCAAUUCGUCCGUACAAAAAACCGAUAAGAAGUUUUGGUGCCGGAAUUUUGUUUAUGCAUUGUCUAACAUUUGGGCUAACGACAGAAGUGUUCAAAAUGCACUUCACGUUCGACAGGGAACAAUUAGAGAAUGGGUCAGAUGCAACGAGAGCAUAAUACAACAAACAUACUUAUAUGACAUUAGGAGUGCAAUUGUUUAUCAGAAAAAUCUUACCAACACAGGCUUACAAGUCCUGCUUUACAAUGGUGAUCAUGAUUUGGGUCUACCACAUAUUUCUACACAAAAAUGGAUCAAGUCUCUCAAUUUAAGUAAACAAAGUGAAUGGCGACCAUGGUUUGUCGAUGGUCAAAUUGCAGGUUACACAGUCAAGUAUUCAAAUCAAGGGUACCACUUAACUUAUGUGACAGUGAAGGGAGCGGGUCACUCACCUACGGAGUACAAAAGUAAAGAAUGCUACUCCAUGUUUGAAAGAUGGAUUCAUUAUUAUCCUCUCUAAGUUAAUUUGAAACUAAACUAUUUACAUUUAUAUAUAGAUAUAUAUAUAUAUAUAUAUAUAUAUGCAUCAACUAUAUUGAUAACUGGAAUCAACUUUGGCAUUUGGGUAUUAGGCAUUGUAAACGUAAUAUAACAAUACAUUACCAAACCAGAGAAGAGUAGUGUCUACAAAAACGAAUCCAAUAAAUAUCAGAGACACCAAAUCCUACCUUUCAGGUUUUGGUAGAGAGACAGAAUACAUAAUUAUACCUUUAUGUGCUUAUUCUUAACCAAUACCAUUUAUGUGUGUACCUUUGGUGGAAUUAAGAUAUAUAUAGAUUCUUAGAAUUAAUCAAUAUAUACUGAAUCUCCAACUAUUUAACGAAAUUUGAAAGUGCAAAUUUAGAGCCUUACACAAAUAUAAGAUUUCACAUUGCAUCAUUUACUUACACUCUACAAGAGAAACAUAUUUUGGAAAAAAAUAAUAAUAAUAAUAAUAUGUUCAAUUACAAUUUAAAGUCAGUCAAAAAAUGCUUCAAGAGCUAAAGGGUGUAACCCUCGACACUAUUGAUGACUAGAUUAGAGCAAGAUGUUUUAGAUUCCAUCAAAACCAAUUCCCUCGGCUUUAGUAUAUAGGUCCACUAUUACUAUUAAUGCUAUUCAUCAACAAUAUCUUUCUAAAACAUAUAUAUUAAUUACUUGGACUCCAUUGAAUCAAUUAAGUUUGUGGAAGGAAGAGUAAUUGGAAUGUUUAGAUUGGUUGGAUAAAAGAUAUGCUAAAUCUUUAUUAUUCAUGAAACAUUGGAAGCUUGAUAAUAAUGAUACCAAAACAGCUGCUGACUCUUGGGCAGAGAAUGUAUCAAGUUAAUGAAGUGGGUGAUUUAAAAACAAAUUGUUAAUCUUUAUUCAUGCAAUAAGUGGGAGACUGGUAUAUAAGGAGACAGAUCAAGAGAUGACAAGAGAGAGGAUUGAGAGAGAUUGAUGGAUGUGGAGAGAAAGGUAAAUAUGCGUGGAAAAAGAGCUAUGGACACCCUCAACAACCUCUUACUUCUCAAUUUAUUAAUACUCCUAAUGCAAUUUCCGCGGGAAAUCCUUUGAAAAUUCAUGGUUCUUCUACCAUUGUGCUGAAACUGAUUUCUACCUCCAUCAUACUUGAUUAGCUACAUUUUGUUUUGAGGAGGAAUUACUUGACAAGUACGAGAUUCAACAUUUCUUUCAUGAUCAUGAUCAUCAUAGUUUGUCACCUCAUGGACAUGCCACAUAUUACUAUGAAGACCGCGCAAGAAUAUUAUUUCAGAUGUCCAACAUUGUAAUGGACGUGGAGUUGACACAUUCGGCAUCCCGAUGUUCAAAUGCAGUGAGUGUUCAUUCUAUCCUCCAUGUUCGAUGUUCUCAAUUCCAAAAGAUAUGUUACAUCCUUUUCAUUCACAACACCAUGUUAGUCUUCUUGAUAAGCCCACCCCCUUGGCUUCGAGUCCAAACAACUAUGCUGCAUUGCAUGUCAAAAGAGUAUCAACAAUGAAUUCAUCCUCCAUUGUUCCCUUUGUCAAUUCAAUCUCGACCUUGGAUGUGCACUCCAAAACCCCACUAAGAAUCAUGGCCUUCGCGAGCAUUGUCUUGCGCAUUUCAACAAGAUAUAUCAUGAUGAUGUUCUGUCCUGUCUGUAAUACACUCUGCAAUAGCAACUUAUUCCGCUGCUUCCUCUGCAAUUUCAGUAUCCACUCUUGAUGCGCCUCUUUGUCAGUUACCAUUGAUUAUGAAGAUCAUGUUCAUCCUCUCACACUUACCAGUUCAUUCAAAGAAGACGAUUCGGGUCAUUACUUUUGUGAUCUUUGUGAAGAAAGAAGAGAUCCAAAUCACGGUGUUUCUUUAUGUAUUAUAUGUCCUUUAGUAGUUCAUUUUUAUCGCUGUCUAGAGUUGGAGGCAUCCUCUUGUGAGACCCUAAAAGAUGACUCAGACACAUCAAGUGAUCAGGAAGAAGAAGAAGGAGGAGUAAUGUAUUCUGAAGAGGAGUCCCAUCUUUCUUGAAUUGGAUAUGGAAAUAACAAAACUCAGAGAAGUGGUAAGAAAAUUGAUCAUCAAGGAAAGAUGACUCAGACACAUCAAAAUCUCAGAGAAGUGGCAUGCUCUUGUCAGAAGCUAGAAGACGACUCAAGACACAUCAACUGCUCAGGAAGAAGAAGGAGGAGUAUAUAUACUCUGAAGAGGAGUUCCAUCUUUCUUGAAUUGGAUAUGGAAAUGGCAAAAUACAGAGAAGUGGUAACAAAAUUGAUCAUGAAGAGAAGACUAGGGAAACAACUUAUAGAAAAACUCAAGGAACUUGACGAAACAACUCCAAAAAGAGAGACUGAUUGAAUAGUAAAGGUCACUCGGGGACAGAGCCAUUAUUGGGAACAUAGAAAUACGUACUCUUCUUUGCCCAGACUAAAUCCUAUUUAAAGAAAAAGUAUAUAUGAUUUUCCUUCUUUCACUCCCAACCAUACAAAAAUUGGCAGAGAAAUUGAUAAGAAAUGUGACAAGAAAUGAAGUGGAAAAGCUUGUGAGGGAAAUAAUGGAAGAAGAUGAGAGGAAGGUGGCAGAGUGGAAGAGAGACGCCAGGAAAGCCAAUGUACCUGGUGGUUCUUCAUUAUUUAAUUUCAAGAAGAUGAUCAUGGAGCUGCGCUGUCAUCCCCAGAUUUAACCGUUAUCACUCCUAAAAAACCAUACCAGUGUGCAGCCUAAAAGCUAUGUGUGCGAAUCUGAAAUUUUAUAAUAUUAUUGCUGAACUUAUUCAACAGAAUUUACAAUUCAAAAACCACAGCACAAUGAAUCUGCGAAAAUGCAAACAUGUGUAUACAUGCACAAGCACAAAUGGUGCAGAACAGCUUAAAGUUUAGUGUGCACACUUUAUGGCAUUGAAGGAUUUUUAUUUUUUUUUUUGUUAAAUAGUUUAACUGGAUAUGACAGCAAACUUUCUGAAACACACAGAGGACCAAAGUGGCAAGAUCUGAAGCACAGUUCAUUACUUAAUCUCACUAAAUUUUUUCUGAAUCAAAAGUUGUGCCCCUUCUACCAACUGCUUUACCACUUCACCUGCAGGUAUAAUAUCCUUGAGGA